AUGCGUACACUUCAGAUUCUGUUGGCCGCCCUGGCCGCCCUGGCCCACGCCUCCCCAGUCCAAAACGCAGAUACAACACCAACCUUCAAUACCAGCAUGAACGGCACUAGAACCAGCAUCCCUCUCCCUCUUCCCCUCCGUCUCUCCCAGAUCACAACAAUGAAUGAUCUAGUCCACACAUCGACCAUCCCCUUCGGCAUCUCAAUCACCCACUGCACGGUCCCAGGCACCAUCGCCCUGACCUUCGACGAUGGCCCAUUCAUCUACACACCCCAGAUGCUGGAUACACUCUCCAUCCACGGUGCUCGCUGUACAUUCUUCCUGAACGGCCAGAACAAGGGCAGUAUCUAUGCAUUUCCCGACUUGGUCCAGAGAAUCUUCGCCGAGGGGCAUCAGAUUGGAUCUCAUACCUGGAACCACCUCCCACUGGAUACACUCCCAUACCCAGACAUAAUCCGCCAAAUGACCGCCCUGGAAGAAGCAUUCCAGCACAUCCUCGGCUUCAUUCCUACUUACAUGCGCGCACCAUAUCUAUACACCAACCCAGUCGUGCUGCAGGCCAUGACCGAUCUCGGGUAUCAUGUUGUCGGAGCUAGUAUCGAUACAAAGGAUUACGAGAAUGAUGAUCCAGGCACGAGCUGGCGCAGUUUCGAGCGGUUCAAGGUUGAGCUGGAUGCUGGGGGGAAUGUUGUACUUGCGCAUGACUCGCAUGAGAAUACGGUUACGGUUCUUGUUGAUAAUCUUCUUGGGGAGAUUGAGAGACGGGGGUUGAGUCCUGUUACUAUUGGUGAGUGUCUUGGGGAUCCGGCUGAGUUGUGGUAUCGUUGGGGCGGUAGAUGA